AUGGCUGUUGCUUUUUUACCAAUUAUGCACGCUCUUCAAUCUUCUAUAACAUAUUCGAAACCUCUGACGGAAUUCGAAUGGGUUUUGCUUAUGUCAAGACCAACAGCAUCAGCAAAUAAAUCCGGUUUGUUGGCACCGUUCAAAGGAGAAGUUUGGAUAUUAAUUCUUAUCUCUCUGAUAAUUGCCGGACCUACAAUGUAUUACAUAACGUACCUGACGAAGAAAUUUUCCAAUCGUUUGUUAACGACCAGAAAUCAAUAUACUUUAAAUUCGUGCGCUUGGUUUGUUUACGGUGCUCUCAUGAAACAAGGUUCUACGUUAAAUCCUGAAUACGAUGCACCAAGAUUAUUUUUUGCAACAUGGUGGAUAUUUAUAACGAUAUUAACAUCAUUUUACACGGCUAAUUUAACUGCUUUUCUAACUCUUUCUCAUUUUAAAUUAACCAUCGAAACUACAAAAGAUAUUUACGAUCAUAAACAAAAUAGUUUUGAUUAUCUCAAAGAAAGUUUUCCUCAAUAUGGCAGACUGACUACAGAUUCACUUCCUGUACGUUUAGAAAAUAUAUUAAAAGGAAAGAUAUACGUGACUGAAAAAAGAAAAGCGGAUAAAAUAUUAUUAUUAAAUUAUUUAAAUAAAACAAGAGAAUUCCUACCUGAAAAUCAAAGAUGUGCCUACGUUUCAACCCCAAAAUCAAUUUUAUUUAAAUCAAUGGGAUUCGGUUAUCAAAAAAAUAGUAAAAUUAAAAGUGUUUUAGAUCCUUUGAUAAAUGAAUUUAUUAAUGGCGGAAUAAUAGAUCAUUUACUUCAAGCUAAUUUACCAUUGAGUAAAAUUUGCCCUUUGGAAAUCGGUGGUAGAGAAAGAAAAUUAUUAAAUUCUGAUUUAUUGACAACUUAUAUAGCUAUUUUUAUAGGUUUCGGUACUGCUAUAAUUGCAUUUUGUGGUGAAAAAUAUUAUGGUUCAAAACCUAAUAAUGAAGGUUUAAAUCAAAAUAAAAAUUUAUUUAAUAAUAAAAUAAGAGAUGUGCUAUUUGAAAAUGAUAAAACGGCUGUACUUAAUGAAAAUAAUUUCUAUUAUGAAUAUUAUAAAGAAUUAAUACCGUUUAAUUAUCAAAGAAAUGGUAAUUUUGUUAUUGGAGGUGAUAAUUUUGGUUUUAUGGUACCUGAGAAAAAACCACAAAGAAUUUUAUAUCAAUUUAUUCACUGA